AUGGCAGCAACCCAGCACGUACUUCGGCUCAAGAGAACGGACGCCAAGUCGGAGCACUUGCUGGUCAAUGUCACCCGCGACGGCUCGAACCUCCUCGAUCUCAAGCUCAUCGCUACGGAUCAGGAUCAUAUAUACCAUGGAUCGGUAAAAGAAUCAGGCGUCAAGUCACUGCAGGCUACGAACUUCACUGGCGAUUUAGAACAGUGGAAAACGACUUUGUCCUUUGCCCUGCUUCGAAGCCCGCCGGACGGCCCGCGACCAGACUUCUUGCAAGGUGUGGAGACUGUUUCGUCGAUCAGUGGGACCACAGCAACCAUUACCUUGCGGAAAAACAUCGACGGCAUCACUCAGCGGCUUGGUACGGUCAAAUUGAACCAAGACGACGAAAAGGAGGAGAUCCACGUCUUCGACUGGGUCGACAAUGCCGUGGCCAGCGCAGACGAUCUGCGAGCACAGCUGGAAAGGCUGCAGGAGUCUGCUGCGUCUCAACAGGAGCAACUUUCCAAGCUGACCAAAGACUUGGAUGAUUUGGUCAAAGCGAAGAAGGAACAUGAAGAUGACAUGUUGACCAAAUUCGCCGCGUUGCUCAACAGCAAGAAGCUCAAAAUCCGCGACCAGCAACGUCUGCUCAACGGGGCUCAGAUUGAUGCAAGCGCCGCAGAAGAAGUUGGCAAAGCCAGAAGGUCAGGUGGUGGCACUUGUCGACGGGCGGGUACGUCUCGAGCUGGAAAGCGCAAAGCAAACGGGUCCGUCGAGCCUGUCGAGGAACGUGAUGAUGAGAAAGAUGACGGCGAUAUGAAUGAUGAGGACGAUGCGCAGACUGUGGCUACGGAGGAUGGGGAUGAAGAAAACGAGCGGAUACGACAGCAAACGCCUGAGACAGACGAGGCUACUGAAGACGAAGAAGUGGAGAGUAGCAGACCUGAUCAGACCAACCAUGCGGCGAACUCCUCCCAGAAGCAAGGCGGCAAACCUAUCGAGACUAUGGACGUCGAUACUUCACUACCACAACGAAGUAAGGGUGGAUUGCCUCAGCAGCAGCCAGCGGCAGCAAACACUGAAGACGAUGACGACGAGACGGACGACGAACUGUAA